CCUACUAACCACGCCCCCUUUUCACUGACCACGCCCCCUCUACUGGCCACGCCCCCUCUACUGACCACGCCCCUUCCAGCACACAGCGACUUCGACAUGACGGAGCGGGGCAAAGGCGUCACGGGAGGCGUGGAGCAGAUGCUGGACACGGAGAACCAGCGUGCAACAGAAGUCCUCUCCAGCAAAGUGUCUCGCCUCAAGUCGUUUGCUUUGGAAAUUGACAAAGAAACAGAGGAGCACAAUCAGUACCUGGAUGGAAUGGACAGCGAGUUCAUGAGCGUCACGGGGCUGCUGUCGGGCAGCGUGAAGCGCUUCUCGUCGAUGGUGCGCUCCGGCCGCGACAACCGCCGCCUCAUGUGCUACCUCGUGGCGGGGCUCGUGCUCUCCUUCCUCGUCCUCUACUACCUGGUCUGGCGCGUCCGCACGUGAUCUCGUUCAUCGCCGCCGCCGCCCGUGGAGCGACCUCCUCCCUUUGGACGCACAGCUGCCCACUGCCGCAAAAGAAUUUCCAAAUUUUAUUCGAAAAAUCUAAUGCAUGGGUUGGGGGGGGGGGGUGGAACCUUUCCCUGACACGAGGACCAAGUUGCACUCUCGGUAACCGUUGACGCGUCUCGCGCGUAUUUACGAUAACGCCCCUCGGCCACUUCUGUAACUGCAGGAAGUUGUUUUUUUUCAAAAUUGAUUAAGUGUGCUGAAAUAAAAAAAAGUGUUUUACGGUCAAAUACGUCCCAGCAGCUAAGGUACUUGCGGUGAUAUGUGAACGGGCACACUCAAAUUUCUAAACACAGUAUCGCCAGGUCGCAAAUAUUCCCCUCCAGUUCCCAGUUAGCGUGGCUGCGAUGCUUCCUUUGGCAGGAAUGAUUGAUCACGCUGAACUUAGAAACACAGUCAUAUCCAGUCGAAAAUAUUCACCACCAGUGUCCGAUGAGUGCAGCGGCUAAGUUGCCUGUAAGUGACUGACGUUCUUUGUUGGCCGUUUAAAUGUGGAGAGGCGGCCUCACCUUUGGCCGCGGGCCGCAUGAAAUUAAGUUGUGGGCCACAUUCCCCCCGUGGUCCAUGGCUUCUCCACCCCUUGCUGUGACACCUCUCGCAAGUCUUACCGAAUGUUUGACCUGCUGGGUUAUCGAGUAAAAUGUCAAGUUUUUUUUGCGUGAAUGAUUUUUGUGGGUAAAUGUAUAUUUCGGGGGUUGGAUGGUUGUUACACUUUGUGACUUUCUUGUGCCCAAAUCUAAUCACAUGCACUUUACAGUCUUGGGGCGUGGUUUUCAUUGUAUUGUAUGUCUAUCAAAACAAUAGGGUAUUUUUUUUUCCUUUGCACUUGCGGUCCCUGGGUGGAUUAGUUCAAGUAUCGGGAGUUUUGACCAAAAUGAUUUUAGCUGUCGCACAUCUUUACCCAGGCGGAGUUUGUGACGCACGGUCAUUGGGCGAGUGUGUGUAGGGGUGGAUGGGAAUCUGCGCGCUCGUAUCCCCAGCCACGCUACACGCACCAACUUUUUAAUUCAACAAGUGAGAUGCUUUAGGUGGCCGGGUGGCUCGGAGGUCAAAGCACUAAGCCGGCCCCCCGCCGUGCGAUCCUCGAUUCAAAUCACGGUGUCAGCCGCCCGUGAUUAAACCGGAUACUUAAGCGCAAUGAGUUGAUGGUCUCGGCUCGAUCACUAAUGACUGCACUCAAAAAUAAACCCCCAUCACAUGAAAUGUUUUGGUUUUCAUUUAAUUCAUCAAAUUUGUAGCUGUUGAGAAUUAAUAAAAAUGUAUCGGAUUGAUUUUCCGCGCGCCAGACAUUUCUGUGCAGCGGGGCUUGUGGUAAAGUGCUCCCCCUGGUGUGCAGAUAAAAAAAAUGACUUUAUUAUUUCAGAAGUGGUCCUACGACGUCAACUUUGACAUUUAACAUUGGGCGAUGCGCAGCUUUUCCAAGAGUUCCCAAUGGACUCCACCUCUGCCGACGUGACGACGUUGUCACACUUGGAAUAAAACUGGGAAGAGACCAAAAACAAUUGCGCACGAGACGUUUUGACUGCAGUAAGGAUUUUGUAGUGUACUGCGUCAUCGUGGUUCUAAUACGACAACAACGUAAUUUGGCGAACUUGGUUUUUUUUAUUUGCUCGAAAUGUCAUGCCGAUUAAACUGGCUGGUUGCCGCGAGCUUCAUUGUUAGUGUGACGAGUUCAUAUGAAGUUAAUCUGUUGCACAUCGAAUAGAUUUUAGGCGAUUGAAAAAUUAUGGUGGUGAGUUCUAUACUGUUGCUGGUGGGUUUUUUUGUCAUUUCCUUAUGACUGAAAGUGAAAUAAAUUCAUUU